GUACUUCUUUAAUCUUACCAAUUUACAAUGCAGGGUCCCAUCGGCUCGGGGCUUCCUCUUGGGCGAGCUCCGUUCUCGAUGAUCGGCUCUCCGCAGUAGCUCCCACAGUCAAAUACCAGCUUACUUCUCUCCAUUUCAGCUCAACUUAGAUCAUCCCCUUUCACUUUCUGCUACUUCUCUGUCCGCCUAAUUGCCCAUAAGCUUCUACUUCCACGUAAUCACACUUCAAACGCCAGCAACAUGGACGACGAAGCUAGGCAAGCUCUCGCUAGCAUGGCGAUGCCAAAAAGACCCAUCAACUACGUCCCCGCAAAGUCAGGCGAGAUCCUCAAGCUAGGUCACAUCACAUGUCGCAUCAUGGAAGAUGGGUCAAGAACAGACAACCGCAUCGGCAGCGCCGAAUUCACCGUCCCAGCCGGAACCGCCGGGCCUCCAGCACACUGGCACGAAAUGCACGACGAAACCUUCCUCGUAACGCAAGGAACAAUACGCUUCCACGCGCCCAACGGCCAGAUCGUAGACGCGAAAGAAGGAGAUUACGUGACGGUCCCCAUUCGCGCGCCGCACACUUUCUCCAAUCCAUUCGACGUCGAAGCCAAGUUCUUCAAUACAUACACGCCGGCGUUCUAUAUCGAUUACUUCAGGAUACUGGCGGAGGUGAGUAAGAGCGAUGAGAAGAUGAGCAAGGAGAAGAAUCUGGAGGUCAUGGCGCGGUUUGCGACGAUGCCGGCGCAGCCUAUGCUGGAGGAGAUGGCGAAGGGGAAGUAGGGGACGAAAAAUGUGGCUACAAACAUAUAGAAUCGGAAUUGAAUGCUCCGUAUCGUGUAUCUGUCAACUUGCUUCGAUUGAAAGCUUGUGCAGUGUUUUGAGGAGCAUCAUUGCCU